AUGUCCACAACCCGCUACGAUGCGUCCCCAGCCGACCCGAGCGCACUCGGGCAACCGCUCAACUUUGCCUUCUCGGGCCGAACUGCCCCAAACCGCUUCCUCAAAGGCGCCAUGAGCGAACGCCUAGCCUCAUUCACCAUGGCCGACAAGCCCAACCGCGGCAUCCCCUCCCCGGAACUAAUUAACCUGUACCAACACUGGGGCGAGGGCGAAAUCGGCCUCUCGCUAACAGGCAACGUGAUGAUUGCGCUAGACCAACUCGAAGCACCCGGUAACAUGAUCAUCCCGUCUGAUGCGCCGCUGUCAGGAACUCGGUUUGAGCGGUUCUCCGAGCUCGCGGGCAAGGCAAAGGCGAAUGGGUCUUUGAUUGUUGCGCAGGUGUCGCAUCCGGGUCGUCAGACUGCUGCUGCAGUGCAGCCGAGCCCUAUUAGUGCGAGUGAGGUGCCGCUUGUGGAGUCGCCGUUGGGGAUUGAGUUUGCUACGCCGCGCGCUGCGACGGAGGAGGAUAUUGCGGAUGUUGUUGAGGGUUUCGCACAUGCCGCCGAGUACCUCGAUAAGGCUGGGUUUGAUGGAAUCCAAUUGCAUGCUGCGCAUGGGUACUUGUUGAGCCAAUUUUUGUCGUCGACGACGAAUAAGCGGACAGAUGAGUAUGGUGGGGAGUUGAAGAACCGGAUGCGGUUGAUUCUAGAGAUCCGGGAGGCGGUUGCGCAGCGCGUGCGCAAGGACUUUGUUGUUGGUAUUAAGGUGAACAGCGUUGAGUUCCAGGAGCAUGGGUUCCAGCCUGAGGAGGCGCGGGUGCUGUGCGAGACGCUUGAGGAGAAUGCAUUUGACUUUGUCGAGUUGUCAGGUGGUACGUAUGAGAAGUGGGCCAUGGAUGAGAAACGGGAGACUACUUCGAAGCGUGAAGCUUUCUUCCUCGACUUCGCCCAACUCAUCGUCCCAGCCCUAAAGAAAACCAAGUCCUACCUCACCGGCGGCUUCCGCAGUGUCUCCGGCAUGGUGGACGCCCUGAACGUCGUCGACGGCAUCGGCCUGGGCCGUCCCCUCUGCCAAGAACCAUAUCUGUGCUCGCACAUCCUGGCUGGAAAGGUUCCCUCCGCGAUUUCGCUGCAUCUGAGCCAGUACGACUUUAUGUCCACGGCAACGGCAGCAUUGCUGCAUAUCAGGCAGAUCGGGAACCAUCAGCAGCCGCUAAACUUGGGGCUGGCUGAGAACACGCCUAAGUUUUACGAGGCUGUUGGGGAGUAUCUGGCUGUGAAGGCGCAGGACGCUACGGGGGAUAUUUAUGCGCCGCCUGUGUUGCGGGGGUGGAAUGAGGCUUUGUCUUCCGUUGUCAUGUAA